AGGCUCAGAUGAUGGUUAGCAUUUUUUAGCAAUAAAAUAUUUUUAAAUUAAGAAUGGUAAAUAACGCUGAUCAUCUCUAGAAGGGAUAUUGCUUAACCUCAUGUAAAGUAUGCUCAGUUCCUUUCCAGUGGUUUUGCUGGAAACCAUGUCUCACUAUACAGAUGAACCCAGAUUUACCAUAGAGCAGAUAGAUCUGCUUCAACGCCUUCGGCGUACUGGAAUGACUAAACAUGAAAUUCUCCAUGCCUUGGAAACUUUGGACCGUCUUGAUCAAGAGCAUAGUGACAAGUUUGGAAGAAGGUCCAGCUAUGGAGGAAGUUCAUAUGGGAAUAGUACCAACAAUGUUCCGGCAUCUUCCUCUACAGCUACAGCUUCCACACAGACCCAGCAUUCCGGAAUGUCCCCAUCACCUAGCAACAGUUAUGAUACUUCCCCCCAGCCUUGCACUACCAAUCAAAAUGGGAGGGAGAAUAAUGAGCGAUUAUCCACAUCCAAUGGAAAGAUGUCACCAACUCGCUACCAUGCAAACAGCAUGGGUCAGAGAUCAUACAGUUUUGAAGCCUCAGAAGAGGAUCUAGAUGUAGAUGAUAAAGUAGAGGAAUUAAUGAGGAGGGACAGCAGUGUGAUAAAAGAGGAAAUCAAAGCCUUUCUUGCCAAUCGGAGGAUUUCCCAAGCAGUUGUUGCACAGGUAACAGGUAUCAGUCAGAGCCGGAUAUCUCACUGGCUGUUGCAGCAGGGAUCAGACCUGAGUGAACAGAAGAAAAGAGCAUUUUACCGAUGGUAUCAGCUUGAGAAGACAAACCCUGGGGCUACGCUAAGUAUGAGACCCGCCCCCAUUCCAAUAGAGGACCCAGAAUGGAGACAAACACCUCCCCCAGUCUCUGCCACAUCUGGCACCUUCCGAUUACGACGAGGGAGUCGAUUUACCUGGCGAAAGGAGUGCCUAGCUGUCAUGGAAAGUUACUUCAAUGAGAAUCAAUACCCAGAUGAAGCAAAGAGAGAAGAAAUUGCAAAUGCUUGCAAUGCAGUUAUACAGAAGCCAGGCAAAAAACUGUCAGAUCUGGAACGCGUUACCUCUCUGAAAGUAUAUAAUUGGUUUGCUAACAGACGGAAGGAGAUCAAGAGGAGAGCCAAUAUCGAAGCAGCAAUCCUGGAGAGUCAUGGGAUAGAUGUACAGAGUCCAGGAGGCCAUUCCAACAGUGAUGAUGUCGACGGAAAUGACUACUCAGAGCAGGAUACUUGGCAAGUACGCAAUGGGGAGGAGGAGGAGGGAAGAAGUUCAGAGGGAGGCAGAGAAGCAGAGAAGGAUGACAGCACUAGCCAUAGUGACCACCAAGACCCCAUCUCAUUAGCUGUGGAAAUGGCAGCAGUCAACCACACUAUCUUGGCAUUGGCCCGACAAGGAGCCAACGAAAUCAAGACAGAGGCCCUGGAUGACGACUGAUCAGGGAGGGUUGAACACGAGAAGUUAACUUAGUUUAGACGUAGCACCUUAGCAGACUUUCCUCGGUCCUUAACAUGUGUUCUUACAGUAUAACUUGCAGUUUCUUGUAUGUCAGUUAGCUGUUAGGGUCUUGUUCUGUGAAGAUGGCAUGGUGCCCUCAGCAUUUGCAUAUACUCUCUCAGUAUUAAUUCCCAGUAAAUAAUAACCAACCAACCAACCAAACUUCCCUCUCCCAGCCCCUGAGGCUAGAAAAUCUUGCUGCUCUGUCUUAGCAUUCCAAGAAAGUGCUUCCAGGUAUUUAGAUAGCCCUCAGUUCUCAAAUACUAGGCUACGUGUAAAACCUUGGGUACCUUUAGAUUCUUGUAACACUAGUCUGUACUCCUUUUCCUUCCCCAAGACUGACAGGGUGCAAGCUGAGGUAGUGUGGCCCAGGAUUGACAGACACCAUUUGGGGAAUAUCUGCAGAGUAAAAGGAACACUAGCAUCCCCACCUCAAUGUGGGAAUAAUUGAUUUCCAGCUGCAAUAAGCCGUGCCUCAUAAUAGUCACACUGUGGCUAGAUUAUACUUCUUUGGGUGCUGUGCUAAGAAUGUCAGUGGAUAAACUCGAUCUCAGAUUUUGGUUGAUGUUAACAUGCCUGACACAGACAUCCUUUCCUCUCACAAGCUGUGUGUCUUAGCAGAUAAAAUACUGCCUUCUGCCUUUGGGACCAUGAGUAAAACAAAAAAAAGACAAAAACAAAAGUUAUAAAAAAAAAACCCAGCUUGAGAGCAUUGGAAAAAACGAUGAGCUGAAUGUCUAAUGGAUGUUAAGUCUAGUUUUCAGAACCACUAUACAUUACGUGGCACAGGUACGUGCCUGCCUGGAAAAGUGCUGGAGGUCAUCACGGAAGCCACUUUGCCUCCUGUCUGUGGCCCUUUUCCCUGCUACCAAAAAAGUCUUUCAAGGAUGGAGCUAAGGUCAAAAAUGAGUGAUUGGACUUCCAGUUAUUUGUAUCCAUUAACUGAAGCCCCCUCAAUAUGAGAGGUCGAUAGAGGACUUUACAGUGGGAUUAUGCUGACUGACUAUCACAAAUGCAAAUACUUUCCUAAAUAGGAGCAGUAAAAAGCAGGGGAUGUUUGCCACUUAUGUGGUGGGUCUUCGAGAUACAACGGGAUGUGACUGCUUUGGUGUUCUCUUUACUCUGUCCUUGUAGAGAUGUGAAAAGCUGUAUUGCUACAGGCAAUUUAUUUAAUAAUUGGAAGCCAUAUUGAUAAUGGAUGUGGUAAUAUUUGUAAAGUUUAAUCUACUUUAAGCAGCAGUAACUAAUGGAAUUUUUUUCCUUGAUCACAUAUGUAGCACUUUUGUUACUUUUUAAAGAUAUUUAUAUUUGAUAAAUCUGUUUUUCAUUUUGAGAACUCAAAAUACCAAACAGUGAACUUGCGUUAUAAAGUCACCCUGUGAUCACCUUGGCAUCUAGUAGCAAAAUGAUGAACUAUUCAUGCAUCAAAAAAAAAAAUUACAUCUGCUGGCCUGGUAUGAAAAUGAUCUCUUGGCAUCCUGAUUAAAUGACACCCUGUCACUGUGGCUAAGAGGAAACAGCCUUCAAUGUAGCAGCGUAGGGUGCGUCUGAGAGAGGCUUAACUGCUGUAUAUUUUCUGCCUCGUUCCAUCUCUCCUUUCUACGUACAAUGAAGCCUUGUUUAAAGGGGAAUACGGGGCUGGCUAUUAAGCAGGGCUUCUAUCUUUCUGUCCAUUACCUGAAAACCAUUUCUAAGAUGGAAGGAAGGCCCCAUUUCCGCACCUCCCCACUCCUCCUCCCCCAGCAAAUGUAUUCAACUUAAAACCAUUGAGAGCGAGUGAGACUUACUGACCGUUUUUCCCUUUCUCGUUAGUGAGAGAUUGAAUAUCUGCCAGUUUCUAGCUGGUCCAACGCCACUUACGGCGCAUGCUGACGAGAUCAUCUCCUUAUUUCUUAAUCCUGCUUAUGUCAGUGUGAGGAAGCCUUUGAGAAGGCAUGAAAAUGCCACCUUAUAUGGGUCUGUGACUUUAAAGAGCUAUAGGCAGGACCUGGGCCUGCUCUUGUCCAUGGAUUUCAGGGGGAAAAUGUAUAUACUUUUUCCAGCUUCCAAGAAUUGAGGUAAAAUGGAGUAGUCUUUUCUGUUUUACUGUAUUACUUGAACCAACAAAUUCAAGAGUAGCAUUUGUUGUUCUCAGGAAUGAUCCCCCCCGCUUACUUUCUUUCUUGGUGUGUUUGACUUUUAUUUCAAUUAGGAAGAUUGUGUUAUCUUUCUUUCCUUUUAUAUUACUUGGGAGAAAUAUAACAUUGUAUCUUUCAAUUUUGGUGGAAUUUUGUCUGCUUAUUCUCGGUUGAAUCAGAAAGAAAAGGAGAGAAAAAUACACUGUCUGACAAGCCACAUCCAUGAUUUAUUGUAAGAAGAUUAUUAUAAUUGAUAGCUUCUCUAUGAUGGGAUUGCUAGUAUCAUUUGUUCUUGCCGUUCUUUAAGACUCAAACUGUUAAGAAAGCUGUAGUUUCUGAAGAAAUACAGUAAUUGCCAGAGAAGAGCUAAAAGGUUUCAUUGUUUUAAGACAUUUAAAGAAGGAAAAAAACUUCAGAGAAUCAAGGAGAGUGAGUGUCCAUGAAGACAGUACCAGGCCCUAUCUGGCAAUCUGGAAAAAGUGAAAGAAAUGUGUCUACCAACGUAUGAUAGCAUCUAUUGAGUUCAGUAGGAACAGGAGGCAAGGAUCUUUCACCCAGAAUUAUUCUUUUAAUUAAAGAAGACUGCUGGCCUGCUCUUAAGAACCACUGCCUUACAUACAACUUCUGCUUUUUCACCAAGAGUAAAAUUUUAGUUCCUUGGGGCCUAGAUUUAAAUUUACCAUUGGUGUUUUGUCACCAGGUUCUAUUUCCUUAUUUUGUCCAGGCUACCUUAGUUCUUUUAAUGGCAUAUGGAGUUGCUACUGUCUAAUUUGUAGUAUCUUUGGAUAGUAAAUUUUUUUCUUAAGCUUUUUCAGGUUUGAGAGAUGGUAUUAAAAUAGAAACCCUAAACUGCUCUCUUACUGAAGGGAAAAUAGCCCAGCUCUUAAAAACUCCCAUUAUGUACUUCUGGGUUGUUCUGUCCCUCUUCUCUCACUUCAUGCUGUACUUUUUUCAGGCCCCCAAGGACUAUUUCAGGGGUUGCUCCUUCGGGGUGAGGAAGACUAAAAGUGUGGGGUGGGGGAAUCUUGCCAGCAGUUCAUGUAACUUGUCUGUUAUUUUUUUAAAGACAUUUUUGUUGAAUUACUGUGGUCACAUGGGUAAACUUCCUCCCCUUCUUAAAACAGCCUUACAGAGGGACCUUUUAAAGAUGGACCAUCCUAAUGAGAUUUCUGCCAAUCUGUUGAUAACUCUAAUAACAGGUGAAGGCCAGGCAGGGCAAUACAGUACACUCUUUUCUGAGACCUUCCAGUGCCAGUCAGUACAAAAUAGACAUUUUGGUUUAUUUCAGCAAAGCUUGUAAUGUUGGAGUACCCCUUAAGGCAGUUUGCUUAACAAUCUUGAUACUUUAAGUAGUUGAUAAGUGUGGUUGCCUUCCACUUACCUGUGGAAUCUGUACAGUUCCCACACAAUUGUCAUUCAGUGGGACAGCCCCUCCCCACACAUUCCCAUAUUCCUUCACAGGUAGAAGAUCCUGGAACAGGAAGACCCCAUUAAGGUACCUUUCACUCUAGCUCAGUAGAGGUGACCACUUAAAAAGACAUGAGUGAGGAAGAAGCAGCUCAUCAGUACUGAAGUGUGCAAAUCCAGUACUCCCGUUCCUGGUAGAUUUAUGAUGGCAGGCAGUCCAGUGAUCAACAGUAUCUCUGUUGGGGCAAGAUAUCCAGAUAUAUUUUUACCUCAAAGGGGACAACUCAUGAAGAGCUCGCUAAUACAGUUGUUUCAGUUCUCUCUGUUUGACCUUUGUCUUUACAAACUUCUCUCUCUGAUUCCAACCAUCAGGCAAAAAGUGUAAAUAGACUCUCAUUUCAUCAGGAAUCUCCACUCACAUCCUCUCGUCUGUGAACAACUCCUCUUCCAUUUUCCUCUGGGCUUCACCACUAAGGCCUCAUCUUGAGCUGACUUCUUUGCUGGAAUUUUUUUAUCUUCUACAGCAGGCACAGUAGGUGGGUGUGGUCCACCUCUUCACACAAACACUCCUUCCUGUCUUGCAGCCCAUCUUUUUGACCAGCUACAUAUUCCACUGACCAGCUACAUUAUCUCUGCCCACAACAGUGGAAAUAAUCCCUUUUUCAUAAAUGAUCCCUCACCCCUGUCCUAAAAAUGUGAACUUCAAGUCCUUACUCUCUCUUUGGUCUUCUGAAGGGUUUGGUUAGAAGCAGUCUUCCCAUUUAACUCAUGGCUCUGCCUUUUAAAAAUUGCUUUUGUCUUUUUUUCAGAUAACAACCAGAGCAUUUUUUCCUCAAUGAGUCUCAACAGAUUCUUAGGCAAUAAUUUUUCUUGUUAUUGAUGACCUUGUGCUCGGUAGCACUCCACAUUGAAUAGUCCUGACCCUAAACAUUGUGCGUUGGUUUUCUGUGUUAAUCUCUGUCUGUGAUUUAAAUCUUAUGUCAGAGUGAUGACGGAUUUUGUCAUUUUGUUGUUGUGAUUAUUAGUAAUGUUUUUACUACUGUAUUCCUUGGGGCUGCAUUGAGACCAGCCAAAUCCAUUUAUAGCUUUACUGAGCCGGAUUUGUUUUUCAAGAUUUCCCAAGUGAAAGUUGGGCACAUUGACCAGCUCCUGCUGGUGGUAUCUUUGUGGGGUAUAGGGGUGGGGGGUGGGGAUACAGUGGGGCGGGGGUAGGAAUUACAUAAAACAUUCCUUUUUGUGUGCUCUCUAAAUAGCAAGGAUGUUUACUCAGGAUUUGGGGAUCAGUUGUCAGCCAUAUUGAAUUUGGCAAACUGAGCUGCAUGCCCUGAAAACCCUCUUACUGUUUCUUAAUUUCCGUAUUAUCUAAUUUACAUUACCUAGUAAUACCUAAAUUAUCCAGUUUAAAGGUAUUGCACCAUAAUGAGAAUGGAAGGUUUUCCCUGGGAGGCAACUAUGAAUGGCCAGGUUAUCCUGUAAGGAUUUCCCUAACAGUAACGUG